AUGGGUGCACUGCACUGGGCGGCAUUGUGCGGAAGAGAGGAUGUACUUGAAAUAUUGUUGAACCACAAUGCCGGCGUGGGCCUGAACAAGAGGGCAGUAGUACAGCCGGGAUUGGAUGCAGGGAACUACGGCUCGCUGCCGUACGUCGAGGACUAUUGCGACGAAUACAACGCCAGCUUUCCCUGCCUGGCGCUGCAGACGACUAUGGGCUACAACCCUGUGAGCUCUCGCGGAGCCAACGCCUUAUACUUCCUGCUAGGAACAGGCAGAAUGCGAGCGCACGAAAAGACAGUGGAUAUGACGAAGCUUCUCGUUAACGCAGGCUCUUCGUUGAUGACGCACGAAGCCGCCGAGCUUCAUGCUCUCCAUCAAGCAGCUGCAUACGACAACGCCGAGCUGGUGGAAUUCCUCCUAAACGAAAACAAGGUCGACCCCAAUACCAUGGAUGCUGCCGGAAACACGCCAUUACACCAUCACGUCGACUCAAGGUUCAGGGUCGAGGGAGGCGCAAAGGACACAAAGACUUUAUCACUUCUCCUCAAGUACGGAGCGGAUCCUAACUUGCGAAAUGUUGAUGGGUUAUCGCCGUUAGACAUUUGCCUCGUCACGACAUUGCUGGGCGCUGAUAGAAUGAAACUCUCCGUGCUACUUGCUCAGAACGGAGGAACGCUACGGGAUCGAGACUUGGGCCUUCAUAGGUCAAGGCUGACUGAUGAGCAACGAGCAGCACUGAAUUUUGCAUUUGAGAAAGCUAGACAUUCCGGUAGAACUGAGUGGGCCGGAAACAUUUGA